CCGAUUGUUUAAUGAUUCUGCUUCCAUCAACAGAAAACACAGAGGGGAUAGCCCAGUGGAGUUCUCUUUCACUCUCCUAUCGCUCCUCCUAGGCUUGCAACGUCUCUCCUUCUCUCUCUCUCUCUUUCCCUCUAUCCCUGUCUCCCUUUCUCCCCAGAAAGGUAGACGGUUAAGAGUGUGCUUUUACUGAAGAAACAAGUAUCAGCUCCUUCACAGUGGCCACAGCAGCAUCUCUCAGGAUGUAUAGCUUCAUGGGAGGGGGCCUGUUCUGUGCCAUGGUGGGGAACAUCCUGCUGGUGGUCUCCACAGCAACAGACUACUGGAUGCAGUACCGUCUGUCGGGCAGCUUCGCCCACCAGGGCCUGUGGAGGUACUGCAUGUCGGGCAAGUGUUACAUGCAGACGGACAGCAUCGCAUAUUGGAAUGCCACCCGGGCCUUUAUGAUCCUGUCAGGUAUGUCGUGCUUCGCGGGCAUCAUCACAGGCAUUCUCUCCUUCGCCCACUUCUCCACCUUCGAGAGGUUCAACCGCUCCUUCGCUGCAGGGAUCAUGUUUUUCAUCUCCACCUUAUUUGUUCUGCUGGCGAUGGCCAUCUACACAGGUGUGACAGUGAACUUCCUGGGCAAGCGCUUUGGUGACUGGCGCUUCUCCUGGUCCUACAUACUGGGCUGGGUGGCACUGCUCAUGACCUUCUUUGCAGGGAUAUUUUACAUGUGUGCCUACAGAAUGCAUGAAUGUAGGAGAGGGGGCGGUCCUACACGCUAGAGAGAAAGACACAGCAAAUAGCACAAACUGUUUUUAAAAGACAAUUCUACACUGAAUGAAUGACCGGAACAUAUGACAGAAAGCCUUCGUGCCUGCAUGGGCCUCCAUCCCCUGAUGCUUCCAAUGGAUUUCCUGGAUAAAUAAAGAUUUGAUAGAAAAAUAUACAAUAACUUUCUGCCAUUCCCAUAAAAGGAAGAAUGAUAACAUUAUUUAUAAAGACAGUUCCGCUAACUUGUUUAUAUAUGUACAGUAAACAGGAAAAUAUGUUUCAAAAUGGCUGACACUGCAAUGGUUAUGAUAUCUCCUUAGUACCUUUUUCAAAAGCAUAUAUGCGAGAUGACAACAGGAAUUUUGAAAAUGCAAAUGUAACCUAUUGUAGUUUUGGUUAGGAAUAUGGGCAGGUGGAGCCAUGUUGACUAGGCAAGUUCUCAUAUUUUCCAAUAAAGUUCCUCUCUAAAUGUU